AAUUUGUCUGCUUUGUCCGCGCCUGUCCUGCGUGGUGUUGCACGGCGUAUUGGUACUAAAAGAUCCGACGCGCGAAAUAAAGAACGCAGUGUCGAUGCAAUUGUAUCUCAUUUCGCUUCUCGACGCACAGAGCUCGCAAGCAUGUCAGAUGAUAUCCUCUUCAAGAGUCUCUUGACCGCAUCAGUCCCACCUGCUUGCACAAGAUCACGGGGCACUUUACUUGCUGCUGAGUUUCAGAACUUGUACGGUCUCAAUUUGGCAACUACUCUACUCUCUCAUCGAAAAACGUGUGAUGCACUCGCUAAUCAUGCCCGGCAACGCGCACUACACCUAUUUCAUGCUGGAGCAAGUGUUUUGGAUAAGGCUGCUUUCUAUCAAAUUCUUGCUCAUGAGUUUGGCGUGCUCGUUACUGGACGUUUGUCACAGGAAAUUGUCUCGCGCUCUGUCAAGGACAUGUUAGUCCAUCUAGAAUGCAAAUAGAAUGCGCUGGCAGAGGUGAGAGAUAUUCGUACAGAUCGAGAGCGGGAAUGACCGAUGCCUGUUUCAAAAGCAGUCAUUUCGGCGUAUGCAGUUGCAGCCUACACGAAGAAAGCUCUCCAUUAUCCCAAAGGCAAAAGGAAGACUACUAACGAGCUCGGAGGUCAGUCACCUGCUAAGAACUCAAAGUUAUUGAUGUCAAAUUUCAAGUAGUGCUGCAUCUGAUCUGCGUAUAUCGAUAGACUGUUUACUACCAAUCCGUCGUCAUUUCUUGAAGUUGAAGUCGGGGACUGGC